CUUCUUAAAAGAUUCCGCACAUACACACAUUCCUCUGACGUUUUGCCCAGCGACGUACACCGCGCUGGCGUGACCAGAAAAAAGCUGUUCGGUAACAUUGUGGAUCGGGACAGCAGUCAAGAUAUUCGAGAGCAAAGAAACUAUUAAUAACGUAGCACUGUUUUAGGAGAGACUCAGGAGUGGAACUGCCAGUAUGCCGCUGUUCGGUAAAUCCCACAAGAGUCCGGCAGACAUCGUCAAGACCUUGAAGGAGAACCUUGCCAUCCUGGUCAAACAGGACAAGAAGACAGAGAAGGCGUCUGAAGAGGUGUCUAAGUGUCUGGUGGCCAUGAAGGAGAUCCUGUACGGGACCAAUGACAAAGAGCCUCACACAGAGACCGUGGCCCAGCUGGCCCAAGAGCUCUACAACAGCGGGCUGCUCAUCUCGCUGGUGGAGAACCUGCAAGUCAUCGACUUUGAGGGAAAGAAGGACGUGUGUCAGAUCUUCAACAACAUCCUGCGGAGGCAGAUCGGUACGCGCAGCCCCACCGUGGAGUACUUCUGCUCCCACCAGGAGGUGCUGUUUGUGCUGCAGAAGGGGUACGAGACCGCCCAGGUGGCGCUGAACUGUGGCAUCAUGCUGAGAGAGUGCAUCAGACACGAGCCCCUGGCCAAGGUGGUCCUCCACUCGGAGCACUUCCACGACUUCUUCAACUACGUGGAGAUGUCCACCUUCGACAUCGCCUCGGAUGCCUUUGCCACCUUCAAGGAUCUGUUGACGAGACACAAAGUCCUGGUGGCGGAAUAUCUAGAACAGAACUAUGAUGCUAUCUUCACUGACUACGAGAAGCUCCUGCAUUCUGAGAACUAUGUGACAAAGAGACAGUCGUUAAAGUUGUUGGGAGAGCUACUGCUGGACAGGCACAACUUCACGGUGAUGACCAGGUACAUCAGCAAGCCAGAAAACCUGAAGCUCAUGAUGAACCUGCUGAGGGACAAGAGCCCCAAUAUCCAGUUUGAGGCCUUCCAUGUCUUCAAGGUGUUUGUGGCCAACCCGAACAAGACGCAGCCCAUCGUGGACAUCCUGUUGAAGAACCAGACCAAACUCAUCGACUUCCUUAGCAACUUCCAAAAAGACCGCACGGACGACGAGCAGUUCAACGACGAGAAGACCUAUCUAAUCAAACAGAUCCGCGACCUUAAGAAACCGGCCUCUUAAACUACGCCCCUAACUGCCCCUCAACCCAGACCCAAUACUUAAAACCUUAACUUUUUAUUCACAAAAAAUAUAGAAAAAAAAUGCAUUAACCGUAAUAAUUAUGAUUCUAUUUAAAAUCUCAAAAGACAUUUGUCUUUUCUUGGUUCUUUUAUCUUUCAAAGAAUAGUUCUUAAAUGCUGAUUCAAUUAAUUUUGACUUAUUUUUUUCUUCAUCGACUUUGAUCAUUCACGUGAAGUAUUGCCACAACGGAAUGUUUGAGGCAGACAAUUUUGUGCUCUUGGGAGAACCAAUGGUUGAAGAGAUUUGGCCAAUGGCGGAGGGAUACGGGGAGUCCAGGGGUCCUAAAAGGAGUCUUUCUUUACCAUUUUAUGCAUGAGUUAGCUAGAUCGCUCCCACCUUCUACAAACACUCCUAAUGUUGCUGCAGAACAAUGAAAGGAAUUUACCAUUUGGAAUUAUGAGGAAAUUCAACUUUAUGAGCAGUGUUUAAAUACACGUGACAGAUUCUAGAAAUGUUAGUGCUGUUUUGUACAUAACUAGGCUAAUACAAUUUUUGUUUGUGUGGAA